AUGGAUGAGAUUAUUGAAAAGCUAAGGAGACCAGAACCAAAAAUUCCUCCGCCUUCAGUUGAGCCCAUGACUGCAAGAAUAUCUAGAGGGAAUCUUAAUCUAAAAAUUACAGAUGUUGAAAACCGUAUUGGUUACGCAGUUACCAAGGACCUAAAGGGUUCAUCACUUGUGACGCCCAUGCCACAGCUUGCUCGAAGAAAGAUGGCUCCUGGCAGAUGUUUAAAUACCAUCUCUUUCUCUCUAGAAACUGCUUAAGUUAUCAAUGCAGCUAAGUGAACACAAGAGAGGUUCAUCUCCUCCUUGCAUUGUAAUAGCUCCAGUCUUGAGCAUUAAUUUCUAUCGCCCUUCAUCGGGCGAAUUGGAAAAGUAGAUCGAUACAGGAAAAAACCCUAAUCUAGCGGGUGCUGGAUGCCUGCUCUCAAGCUACAGGAAAAAGGCUUCAUUCCUAAGCCCAGAGACAAACCCUGGGUAUUUGCAUAAAUUUCACCUUAUAGUCUAAAGGACAUUGCCAAGUUACUUCUUUUCGCCUACAGGAACUAAAUCAAAUAGCUAUCCGACAUACAUAGGCACAUAUCUAGCCUUAAUCUUGAUUGAUUUCUUGCCCAGUUCGCCUUGACAAUAAGUUUGAGAAAUUUGCAUCAAGAGCUCGGGUGCGCUUAGAUCUCCAUUUUAUGUGUAUUUAUCAAGAGGGGAUCAAGCUGCAGAAAAGCCUAUUACUCCGCCACCAUUGGAUUACUUUUCACCUCACUUAUCAACCAGAUUUAACUCAACCAUUCCUGAAUGAAUUCAUCCAGCCCAUGACUGUGCUGCUUCAUUAGAAGCAGAUGCUUUUGGGAAACUCAGGGCAAGAGCACAAAUGAGCCAGAACAGCUUAGAAAAUCCUUUAGUUCAAGAUGAUUUCAAUGGAUUGAAACAAGCAUAUGACUAUGCCAGAACUGCAACCCCUGAAAAUUCAUGAGAAUAUACAUUGAGCAAACAGUCAAAACUUGAAUUAUAUGAAGCAAUAACACUACAUAAAAAUCCAACGCGUUUAAGAGAGAUUUUAAAGCGAAAAUUACCUCUAAAUCAGCCAUUAAAUAAUGAUGAUGGGUUUUGCGCAUUGCACUACGCAGCAGAAGAAGGAAAUCUAGAGAUCGUUGAAAUUUUGCUUAAAAAUAGAGCAAGCCCUAAUACACAAAGUUACAGAGGACUUACGCCUAUAAUUAUAGCUGCAAGCAAGGGAAAUAUUUCGUGCUUGGAAGCAAUGAUUAUAUAUGAAGGAAACUUGCAGGCAAAAGAUACUUGGUAUAGGAGAAACUGCUUGCAUUGAGCAGUAGUAAUGGAUCAGCUAGAAACUGUAAGAUAUUUAGUUGAAAGGUAUAAAAUGGCGAUAGGAGAGCCUGAUAUUGAAGGCAAAGAUGCUAAAGAUUUAGCAGAUAGUUAUUAUAGGAGAGACAUAAGAAUCUAUCUUGAAAAUCAUAUAAAGCAAAAAGCAGACCUCUUACUUUAA